AUGCGGACCCCGGUGGUCAUGACGCUGGGCAUGGUGCUCGCGCCCUGCGGGCUGCUGCUCAAUCUGAUCAGCACAUUGGCGCCCGGCUGGCGCCUGGUGAAGGGCUUUCUGGACCAGCCGGUGGACGUGGUGUUGUACCAGGGCCUGUGGGACAUAUGCCGCGAGCAGAGCAGCCGCGAACGCGAGUGUGGCCAGCAGGACCAGUGGAACUACUUAGCAGCCGAGCCUGUGCUCGUGGCUCGGGGACUCAUGGUCACCUCUCUAGCCGUCACAGCCCUGGGACUGCUGCUGGCGACGCUCGGGGUGCGCUGCUGGCAGGAAGAGCCCCACUUCGUGCUGGCCGGCGGCUCCGGCGUGGUGCUGUUCGCCGCGGGGCUCUUCAGCCUCAUCCCGGUCUCCUGGUACAACCACUUCUUGCGGGAUCGCGACGUGCUGCCCGCCCCGGCCAGCCCGGUGACUGUGGAAGUCAGCUACAGCCUGGUGCUGGGCUACCUGGGCAGCUGUCUGCUGCUGCUGGGCGGCUUCUCACUGGGGCUCAGCUUUGCGCCCUGGUGCGAGGAGCGUUGUCACAGCUGCCGCAAGGCGUCCCCCUCCGACCUGCGCCGAAGCAGCAUCAGCACCGUGUACGUCGACUGGCCUGAGCCCGCGCUCACGCCUGCCAUCAAGUACUACAGCAAUGGUCAGCACCGGCCGCGACCCGCCGAGCAGGGCGUCGCCAGCAAGCCCAAGGUGGGCUUCCCCAUGCCAAGGCCUCCGCCCAAGGCCUACACCAACCCGGUGGAUGUGCUCGACGGGGAGGCGGCAGAGUCCCGGGGCACCUCCUCACGCAGCACUCGGCCCUGCCACAGCACACUGCCCUGCGACUCAGACCUGUAA